CCCAACUCAUCGGUUGUGCGUUUCCAUCGACCGGUCUGUGUUUUCUCCUCUCCCUUUGCCCAGGCGCCUUACUUUUUCCUCCCCCUUGGGUCAGUCUUGCAGCGGCCCGGCAUGCCUGUCCAUCCCCCCAAGGCACCCCUUGACCGCCCCAAGGCGCUCUCUGGCCCUCGAAAGAGCAGACUGCGGCUGGCUCUGAAGAAAGGCGACGCAACCGCUGAGGAGAAGGGCCAUCUGCUCAACCAGACCUUCCCGCGACCAUCUGCCGCCCAGGCAGCGUCAGCACGGACCAAACAGAAUGGGUCGACUGGCAAACCAAGCGGGGCCGUCCUCGCCGUUCGGCCUACGGGCAGCCCCACAUCGACCAAAGCACCUACAGGGACCAGCCAGAGCGUGCCGCACACGUGGCACUCCCCCCUGCCCAUCCACCCGCACUCACACACCGACAGCACCAGCCCCAGGACGGCACACCAGCUCGUGUUGCCGUCGACAAGGGGGUCGCCGAAACGAGUUGCUGCUGGAGUGUGUGCGGAUGGGAGGAGGUGCGACGGGGCACAAUCAAGGGGAGGAGUGGACUCCGUGACGCCAGUCGAGGUGCUGCCGCUGCAGCUGGAGCCCAUUCCAUCACAGGUGAGGCGCUCGCAAUCGAACGAACAUGAUGCCUGAUGUGUGUCUCUGGUGUGUGCGUGUGUCUGUGUGUGUCUGUGUGUGUCUGUGUGUCAGGUAGAGGAUUACGCGGCAGCAAGGCGUGAGUGGCGUCAGGAGCGGCGUCGUCUGCUGCGGCUGGUGGAGGAGGAGCGGGAGGCCCGCAUGUGGCUCACCGACCACCUGAGGAGGGAGACUGACCACAGGGAGAGACGCGAAGACGAACUCUCAAGUACCAUCAAAGAGCUACAGGCACAGGUACCUAUUACCGCAACCCAGGGAUGGAUUGAUGGAUGCAUGCAUCAGGGAACGUGCGGACACUUUGAAUGUGUGUUCAGGUAUCCUCAGGCGAGCGUCGCUUGCAGGAGCUCAAUCACGCCCUUGAGGCCCAGUCAGCCGCUCUGGACGUGAGUGGCCAGCGCCUUCACAGAGGGAAAGGAAUACGAACUCAUUUCCGCUAUCUUUCCCCUUUUCAUCUUUUAGGAUGAGCGCCUCUUUCGCCAGGCAGUAGAGAACAGGAUCGUCACGCGCCUCUUGCAAGAGAGUGCCCCAUACCAACAUCUUCUCGAGACGCUCCAAACCCCAGACGGCCUCAGACGCCUUCUCGGCAUAGAGCAGCACACACCGUUGACACAGCAGGAAGCUCCUGCCCGUCAAGAGGAAAGCAGCGCUGCGACCGUGCUCCGUGCGGCCGGCCGGUCCCACCAGCAGACGCAGACGCACGAGACGGUCGUGUCUCAGCAGAGCAGAGGCGGGUCACUCGUGUCGUCGGCUGCACUGGUUCCUGGGACAAGCAUGAGCCCGUUGACGCCGUUCCCGAGGAGGCAGAGUGCCGGGACACACCUGUCCUCCAGAAGGUAGGUACUCCGCACACUCAUGUCUCUGUCCGUGCAUGCGCAUUUGCGUGCCUAUCUGAUCGGUUAGGUCGUCUGGAGUCCGCUCAAGGCUGUCUGGCAACUGUGGCUGCUACUGUCAUAUCUGUGGGUGCCCGGCACCCAGGGGCACCCUCAGUCUGAUGGCUUCCCCCCGCAGCACCAGACUGCGGAGCCUCCCGGCCGGACUCCCAUACCACACAGCUAAGGACGGGUCGCCACAAGGAUUCGGGUAAAAGAACGAGGCAAAGAAAGGCGCGCUCAGGGUGUGAUGGAUACGUGGCUGUCUUUUUGCAGGAAGGGGCGGAGGGAUUGGGCCACCAACCGGUUCUAUGAGACGUAUUCUCCUUCUUCACCCCCAUUCGACCACCAUGUGGCUGUGGCUGAGGGUGAGGGUGCCACGACCGCUCUGGCCCUGCCUGAUGGGGCGAGAGAUAGAGAAGACGCUCGGGGGGAAUACAGCGAUGGAACAGUGCUGAGGAGCAGAGAGUAAGAUGAAUGGGAUGACACGCAGAGCAGCUUGUAGACAGAGACAUGCGUGUAAGGUGGCUGUACCUCUUGUUGACAGGGCCAUUCAUUUGGAGCAUUUGGAGCCCCCAGCCCCAUCUGAUGGCCUCGACAGCCCCGCCAAGUCACCAGAAGGUAUCUGUGCGGAUCAGAAGAUAGCAAAGCCACCAAUUGAACCGACCGACCGAGUUUCGUUAUUGUGGCACCUUCAGACCGCGACGGCCUCUCCCCUUCCCCUCAGGAGCAUGAAGAACUGACACCCCUCCCACAGGACUAUCUCAAGGAAUACUUUCGGGUGAGCCACACUCAACCGACAAACAUCCCGGCCCCAUUUUUUUCCCAAUGUGUGUGUGUGUGUGUCAUUAUCCCAGUUCCAGGGCCUCCCAGAGGCCAACGAUUCCUUCUACGCGCGCAAGCUUCGCGAGGAGCGUUCCGGAUCGUAUGUGGGCGAGGUGCUGGGGGGCGGGCGGGGCGAGCAGGCGGAGGACGUCAUAGACUAUGACGAGUGGUGGGCCUCCUUAUUAAAAGCGUCUGAGUGUGCGUACCAUGCUCCGGGAGAUUUCUUCGUUCUUCUUCCAUACGUGUAGGUGGGCCUCGGUGGCUUCAUUCUUCGUUCCCAUAUGGGCAGAGGAGAAAUUGCAAGUCAUGGCAAAAAACAAGAUCGCUAAACAGGUUAAGUACACGCAUCUUGGGUGAAGCGAAGCCAAAAGGGAACGAAAGACAUCCACUGUUGCGGAUAUCAAUUUUCUCAGGGCCAGGCGAAGGUGAUCAACGCCCUGUAUGAAGAGAUGGCGUCCCUCCAGCACCGGCUGGCCGACCACUACUCAUCCAUCGCGCGACACCAAUCCGACGCUCUCUUCGCCCUGCCCCCUCCACACCCACACACAAAAGAAGAAGAAGAUGACCACCACGAUGCGACACCCCAGGUGUCUCCCAUCGACACGAUGCCCCCCUCGUCCGCCGCAUUGAAGAGGGAACGCGAUCACUAUUUCCAGAGGGCGCAGAAGAUGGAAGAGGCCGGUCGUGACCUGAGCGGGCGGCUGGAUGCGUCGCUGAAGGAGGGCGAUGGCAUGAGGAGGCGGAUCGAGUGGCUCGAGGGGCGACGGAAAGAACUCGCCGACAAAUGCGCAGAGUUCGCCGGGGAACUCUGCAAGGCCAACGAGGAGCAUCGCAUCCUCAGGGACAUACAGAUGGAAAGGUGAGUGAGCUGAUACGCCUUCGCCCAAUGCAUGCCUCCGCGAGCAUUUGCCUUUGUGUGUCCCGUCAGGUCGCAGCAGGCUAUCGAUUGUGUCUCUGCGCUGAAAGACCGCUGGGAGAAGUUUGAGGAAAAGACACACGCUUCUCUCACGUCCCUCGCUUCGCGGCUGGAGCGCCUGACCACCCUCCUCCAUGGGGCAUACCUCGUCUGCGGCUCACACAGCGGGGACACAAGACAGCAGCAGCAGCCAAGGGGGGAGGACGGGAGGGUGGCGACACACACCGUGUGGAGGCUGGUUGCCCGACAGUCCACCAGAUGGCCCACGCGAGACAUCCGUCAAAUACAUCCCAUCUUAUCGGUGGACAAGGGGGAGCUCAACGGACAUACGCUCGAGGGCCUCUUGGCGAGGUACGACCCCUCUAUCGCCGAGACAGCACCCAGGCCGCCCUCGUCUCCCCGCAGCAGCCGAGGCGUGCUUGACGAGAUUGUCCUGCGGGCGGAAAGCCUGGCUUUCGCCAAGAGCGCUGUGGAACCUCUGAUGAGCACGCCGGAGUGCUCGCCCCUUCUCGAUGCCUUCCGGAAGUUCGUUGAGACCCAUAUGAGCAUCCAGGAGACGCAAGCCGCACCCCAGCCGCCGGACAACGUGGUGUGCCUCUUGCCAGGCGAUCUGCAGACCAUCAUCACGGCGUCGCGUCAGUCCAUCACGAGAGGUGCGGAGAAGGCCAAGCCGCAGAGGAGACGCAGAAGGGAGCCGGUGGCUGAUGAAGUCGUUACGGCGGCAUUCCGGCCGGUGAUGGAGGCGGCGUUGGCUUCAUUCUACCAGCUCUUCCCUGAGUGUACACUGGUCAUCGCUGGAGCGCCUGACUUGGCAGAUCAGCAGUCAGCCGAGGAACUGCAGAAGGAUGAUGAACAGGGCCAGGAGGAAGCCGUCCAAGUGGACGAGGAGAAGAGACGCGCGUCGGUCAUCGGCUAUGCGGGGCGGCCCGACUCGCCAAUGCGGCACACAUCCCCUCCGCGAGUCGUCAUCAAAAAAUAUCCCUCCGACGACAUCCAGCGGGCAGCAGUCAGGAGGUUUGCGAGUUUCUCACCGAUCGUUGCUGCUGCGAGGAAGUCUGUGAGACGGAUGACCGAGCAUCCGGGCGGAAGGAAGAGAAGGGCCAGCUGGCUGACCAGUCUGAUGCAGGGAGGGUCGAGCCGCGCUGCAGCUGCUCAGGGAGACAGAGAAGGAGAGGAGGGGGAGAGGGCGGAGUGAGACACUGCGAGCGAGAGGCGUUUCUUGUGCGAUUGAAUUGGCCAAUUCUUGAGGUUGUGUUGAUGAACGAGCGAGUCGAGUAGGGAGUUGACGCUUAUUGACAGUAGAUCAUCGCCACAACCGUUCGCCACACGGAAACCCAUGCAGGUCUCUCUUCGGUCUUCCCUCCGUGGUCGGGUGCCUUGGCAUGAAUGAAUC